UCAGCCUGUGCUUUUGCUUUGGUGGCCAUUCCUUCUUCCCGUUCUCCACCCGGUCGCAACCUACCGCCCCGACGGCUGCCCCGGCUUCCGUCAUCCCCGAUCUGCCUCGCUGCAUCACGGCAUCUUUGCUAACGACACCAAUUAUGGAUAGAGCUUUGUUCGUAAAGAAUCUAAGCUACAACGUCACUCCAGAGGAGCUGUUCGACCUGUUCGGAAAGUACGGACCCAUCCGUCAAGUCCGACAGGGUAUCGCGAGCAACACGAAGGGCACCGCCUUUGUUGUCUAUGAAGACGUGAUGGAUGCGAAGCAGGCGUGCGACAAGUUGAACGGCUACAACUUCCAGAACCGCUACCUUGUCGUACUAUACCACCAGCCCGACAAGAUGAUCCGGACAAAAGAGGACCUGGACGCGCGCAAGGAGAAUUUAGAACGUCUCAAGCAUCAGCAUGGCAUCGAUUGACAGUUAGACGGGCCUGCGGACAGUCUUCAGAGUCAACGCAACGUGUCUGGAGGCCCGUCUUUUCCGACAACCCCCUCCGCGACGACAAAGGCGGCUUCGGCGCCCAGAGCGCCAAAGUCGAUCGUCAAGAAGGGCAGACCGGAUUUCGCCAUGCACGCACGCAGGAUGCCUCACUUCGUGCGCAAGCUACUUCCGACGGUGCCAGAGUGCGCCUAGCCGACUCAAUUGCGGCCAGUUUCUCGACCUGGACACCUUUUACGGACCAGUAACAGUGUCCAGGCGCAGGUGCGCGCGGUUUUUAGCUCUGGCCGGACCUGCCACUCCACUCACACAAACUGGCAACUUUUAUCGUUCAAACCAAGGGU